AUGGCCUGUCUGCAAGAUGAAAGUGCAGCUGCUGAAGCGAUUACGGCGUCCGAAAUCGAUUCUCGCGAAGGUUUGGCGCUUCACAUGUAUCAAAUAAUUGAGGUUGCACAAUGCUUGACACUCAUUCAAACGUACUUCUUCAACUCAUUCAUUUUUGACGGUUUGCUCGAAAUCGCAUUCCAGCACACUGUCCGUUCGUUUCUGGUUCUUACCAAAUUCGUUAUUGAGCGUCUCACCAAUUUCUUUCCUUCCUUGUCUAACAAUUUGAUGCCCAAGGCAAGCCCUAUAGUGGUCGUAAUAAAAUUCAACGGACAGACUGACACAAUGCGCUACCUUAAGGUACUGCAAUUGUGUGUCGGGUGGCUGACAAUGACUCUUCAGUGCAGGUAG